AGUGAAUCUCCCAUCUUUUAUUUCUAUAGGAUUUCUUUACUAUGUCGCAGGUUGAUUCUACGGCCCUAUUCCCUUUCCAUGCUAUCUCCUUGAAACCCUUGAUCCAUGAGGGCAUGUAGAAAGCGCGUUUGUUUUCUCGAUCAAAUCGACAUAUCCUUCUCCCCCGGUGGUUCUACUCCACGUCGUUCUGGACAGACCAAUGUUUUCAUCUCUCCUCCGUCCAGUUCGCAACAAGCGUCGACGUGAUCACUCACCUUUCUCGACCUCUUAUGCCCCUUCAGCACGAUCACCAGAUGUAUCGAGGGCCAACACACAACGUCGAAGGAGGAGAUCGUCAGAUCAAGAGCAUGAUAACUUGAUUACAGAAGAGGAGGAGUCCGAGGGCGAUGGAGACGAGGAUGAUGCCAUUGAGGAUGACAUGGAGGAUGAAGACGAAGAUGUGAGCGAGUCGGACGAGGAUGGUCCGGACGAUAAUGCCCCGUUGCUCCCUAUCUUUUCAGCCGCACGUCUCGACUCCGUCCCGACCUACGCCUUGACUCAUGCCAUCCGCACGUUGGUGAGUUCGAAAUGUGAUACUGUCUUGACAUGGGAGCAGCUCAGGUCGCCGCAAGUCUCACAAUUUCUUGUCAAGCCCAUCGAGCAGGAGGUGCGCCGAAAUCACUUGAAUCCUGCCACAGAGUACGCCUUGUUGUCCAACUGCUUGCAAUACACCAAAGAAGCCGCCGAUUCAGUGGGCAACAGCGGCACCAACAGCACACGAGCCAUGAUCUGUGAGCUACUCGCCAUCAAGCUAUUGCGAGACCAUUCCACUAGGGAAUUGAUCGAUGCCUUGUCCUACGACUUCGACCCUCUGCAGGGCUACCUGGACAUGGUGGACUCUGCCAAUGUUCCAGGACCCCGUGGUGCUGACGCUUCCCGUAAGCACGCACAACGACCUGCCCGUAUAUCCUGUUUCGAAGUCGCGAUUCGUGCUCAGGCCAAACGAUUUCUCGCCCAUCCUCUGGUGGUGAAACAGCUGGAAGCCAUUUGGGCAGGAACCAUUGUUUUCCACUCGGCCGCUGAUAAUCUGCAUCGAAAGUUGCCUGUCGUCCCACAGCACAGGACCUAUGGAACCGUGACACAGGGGCCGUCCUCUAAAGGUGACUUCACACUUGAUCACGGGCCCGUACGGCGAGCCGUGACUCUUUAUAAUCCUCGUGACGCUUCUUUGUUCAAGCUAUCCAGGUUGCGGGUCCCUCGAUAUCGAAACGUCUUGUCCACCAUGUCAUUUGCUGUGCUCUUGAGUCUCUUUGUCGCAGUCCUGGUUCAGAGAUCGUUGGAAAUCACGCCGCUCGAGGUUUUCUUCUGGUUCUGGGCGGCUGGCUACAUGCUCGACGAAGUGGUUGGUUUCAACGAACAGGGUUUCAGCCUGUACCUUGCGAGUUUCUGGAACACAUUUGAUUUGGGCAUUCUCCUUGUCCUGCUCAUUCAUCUUGCCUUGCGCGUCUACGGCAUCCUUAUGCCUGAUGUCAGGAAACACACUGUGGCCAAUUUGGCGUAUGACAUCUUGGCCGCCGACGCCAUCCUGCUGUUUCCUCGGCUGUUCUCAGUUCUGGAUCACUAUCGGUACUUUUCUCCUCUGCUGAUCGCCUUCCGCUACAUGGCUGCAGACCUCGUCGCCGUGUCACUUUUGAUCCUGAUCAGCUGUAGCGGGUUCUUCGUGGCACUCACGCUCUCUUUUGGCAAUGAUGGAGUUGACACGCCCAGCUCGGUGGCAUAUGCACUCUUGCAGAUGGUCAUGGGAUUCACGCCAGCGGCCUGGGAUCGAUGGGACCGCUACAAUGCCUUGGGCAAGUUCAUCUUGACCUUGUUCCUGUUCAUUUGUCAUUUCCUUGUUGUCACGAUCCUGGUCACUGUCCUGACUAAUUCGUUCAUGGCUAUUGUAAGAAAUGCUCACGAAGAGCAUCAGUUCCUGUUCGCGGUCAACACCAUCUCGCAUGUCAAGUCGGACGCGCUAUUUUCCUACGUCGCGCCUACAAACAUCGUUCAAUGGACGUUGGUACCUACCAGAUACUUCUUGACCUUUCGGCAGUAUGUCAAGCUCAAUCGCACCAUGAUCAAAGUAACCCACUUUCCUCUGCUAUUCAUCAUCUACCUUUAUGAGAAAACGAUCUUGCAAGCGACUAUCUUUGACAGCAUCGACCUGGUGGAGCGGCGGGGGAGACCCAAAAGAACACAUACUACUACGAAGUUGACUCGUUUGAACAGAGCUCCUUCGAUUGCAACAUUCCGACAGGAUAUGGCUCUGGAAGAAGUCUUUCGACAGCCCUUUGACAGCACGAUGCGCAGUGCCCAACACAGUCGCAACAGACGCAAGACAAGCAAUGUAGUCAAAUCCUGGAUGAAAGGAAUCGGGGAGGAGAUGGCUAGCUCACCGGGUGACCACGACAGAGCGGCUAGUGUUGUGCUGGAAGGAAGAGAGGUGACCCCUCGACGAGGGUCAAGAUUGAGACCGUUUACACGGCCGCGUGACUUUUCUCGGAACACCAUGUCCAUCGCUUCAGACCCUGCCGACUUUAUGACGCAUACCGAUUUCUUGUCACCACAGCCAGGUCCAGCUGUGACGGAUGUUGCGACUCCGUCGCCUCUUGGGGAGACAUUAGAUAGCACAGAUGCAGAUGGCGACGACGAGCUUGUUACAAAUGACGAAUUGGAAGAGGAAGCAGAGACGGCGACAUUCUCCCAGAAAUCAGCUGGCAGGCAUGACCCAGAUGUGGAUCAAAACACUCGAGAUGACAUUCAUCAAGACUACUUUGCAAAUCGAAAGUCUCCAAGAAGUUCAUUGCCCGGACUGGCCAUGACGAAAGCGAGGACAGCAAAAACGAAGACCAAAUCCGGUGCGACCUCGCCGAUGCAAGAAUCCCCUCAACGCCGUCCUCGGCAGCAUUCGCGGAACGCGUCAACGGCGACAAUGAUUUUCAAGCCUGCAACAACGGAUUCAGGAACGGAGAACUCGUCGAGAGGGGAAACAACCUUGCAAGUGUCAGGACAGGCGUCGGGUACUCGAACCCCGAUAUCCAAGCAAGGCUCGAACGCGGCCGGUCAUCGCACACCAAAGCGACAAGGACCAGGGCCGACACGGAUGCGGCCAAUCAUGGCCAACCAGGAGAAUCCGGCCUUCCGAUCGACGCCCAAUUUUGCUGCACUGAUCGAUGGACGAAGUCGACCCACACCCCAACGAAGGCCAUCGCUCGAGAUGGAUUUAGUGUCUGACAUCGGUGACAACAGAGCCCUAGGAGGAGGAUUUAUCGGGGCACUACCUGCGUCGUUCGCGUCACAGUUAGGCCACGGUGGAGCUGGUACCCGGCAUGGCAAGGAUAAGGCCAAGAACGAUGAGCAGCAAAUGUUUACCAAGAUCAUGAUGGCUCGGAUGAACACGCUGGAAGAAGGCUUUCGAGAAGUGAUCCAUGAGAUGAGGGAGUCGAUGAGAAAUGAUCCGAGUAGAAGCCGCAGUCGGGGUCGAGCAGCACGACCGGCGGCGAUGGUGACCAAAGAAAAGAGAAAGGAGAAGGAACGGGAUAGGCCGUCGACGGCUGGAAACAAAGAAAACGUGGAUCCGGACCGAGAUGGGACGGCGGCCACAAAAGAUGGCGUUGAGAAGGGGCUGGACGGAGAACAGAAUGAUACCACAAGGUCGGUUGAGGGGGAAGACAGACAGGGUGAGUAGAGGCAUUGAUAAAGAGAGGAGGGGGACACGGGGAUCAUUGGUCCUUGGGAAUCUGUGUCAGUAUACGAUGAUACCCUCAGUGCUGCGUCGGGUCUUUGUAAAGCAGGAAGGCAUAUUUGAAUCCUUAGCAAGC